UCAUUUCGUGUAACUUGCAUUUGCAUGUUUUUAAUUUUUGUAGCGAAAAUCUUAUUGGAAGACGUGUCAUUUGUUUUCUCUCGGCAGCUCAGUUCAAUUUAUUGCUGAAUUUUCCAGAUUGUACGAAAUAAUUAUCUAUUUAUCGCUAGUAAUAAUUUGUCAGUCAUUUUAAAAGGUUCAUUAUGAGAAAGUUGAAAGGAGCAGUAAAAGAAACUGCCAAGCAGAAGAGAGAAAGGAAACAAGAAUUCGCUAAAAUGCGCCAACAGAUUCAUACUAUUGUUUUGCCGACUUUUGGUGUUAUUUUCUUACUUAUCUGCACCUAUGUGUACUUCAAAACUAGGCCUACUUCAAUGCAGUAUGCGUAGUUUGCGUACACCUAGUUUUAAAAUAUUUGUUAUAUUAAAUAAUUGUAAAUAUAGAAAAAAUCUAUGAAAUUCUUUGAUAUUCCAUGGAAUGGUUGUGAUUAAAAAGUUUAUCGUAGAAAAUUAUUGACUGAAACCAAUUUAAUGUUUUGGAAACCAUAAAUCCAAUUUCAAUGUUUUAAUUCAACAUUCCAUAAGUAUAAACAUAUCAAGUUAAUGUAAAUAUUUAAAUUAUAUUAUUAAAAAUA